AUGGAUAAAGAAUCUUCAAAUGAAAAAUACUAUGAGUUAUAUCUUAUAUGGGUUCGAUCCUUGCGAUGUUCAGUCUCAUAUGAUAUGGACCUUCAUUCUCUUCGGAAUUGUGUGAACUUCUCAGAGAUAUUGCAUAGAAUAGAUGACGAAUACUUCACUGAAGAAUGGGUUAACACUUUCGCCAACUAUGACACGGAUUCUUCCUGGCGUGUUAAAGCAGGAAAUUUGAGAAAACUACUUAAAAAGCUAACAGAGUAUCUUGAACUUCACACAGGAAGGACUAUUGCUCAUAAUUCCUUUUGGGUGAUAGAUGAACAGCUGUUAUGCGAAGAAGGAGAUGUUCAACAAGUGGUUAAAGUUUUCAACCUUAUCAUGGUCACUGCUCUUUUGGGCCAGAACAAAAUGGAAUUUGUAAAUUUGGCAAUGGAACAAUCCCCUGAUGUACAGCAACUAACAAUGACUGCUGUUACUAACUUCACUCAAAAUUCGAAAGAGUCUAACGAUUUAUCACAGGAUGAAGAUAACUUUGAAGUCAGUAAUGGAAACUCUUUCAUUUCUAAUGAAGUCGACAGGGUCAAUGUGCUUGCCCGAGAGAACGAAGAACUACGAGCAAACAACGCCAAACUAGAGUCAGAGUUAGAAAAAGUUCAUGCAGAUUUGCUUCAUCUGAGUAGCGCUCCUUCGAUUGACAAACUGGAGAAGGAGAAGAGUGAGUUGAAGAAAAGAAAGGAAGUCAUGGAAGAAAGAGCUAUGGACUUGGAGGCUAAGUUAGAAAGUCUGAACAAUAAUUUGGAAUUGAAAGAAACUGAGUUAGAAACUCUUAGAGAGAAGGUUGAUAAAAUACAUGUCUUCGAAGAUGAUUAUACUCGUAUGCGAGAUGAGAUCGAAGAACUUCGCGCACGAGAUCUUGAAAACAAGAAAAUUUCGAAAGAUUUUGAGAAUCUGAAACAACGUAAUAAAGAAGCUCUAAAUGAUAAGAAUGAGUUGAACGUCCUUCGUGAGAAGAGCGCACGAUAUAUGGAAGAUAUGAUUGCUCUCGAAGAUGAGAAAUCGAAAAAUAAGACCCUUCGUCAGCAGAUUGGAGCUCUCAAGGCUCAGAAAGAAGAAAAGGAAGGAGAGCUAGAGAAGUUGACCAUUCGAAUGGGAAAGUUGGAAUUUGAGCUAGGUGAAGCUAAAAGUAAGCUGAUGGCUUCUGAGAAGAAGAACGAAGAUCAUGUUCAUGAAAAAUUGCAAUUUCAAGAUAAAAUAGCAGAACUGCAAUUGAAAUAUAGAGCGGAAGACAGCCUUCACAGCAAUUUAGGAACGUCGAUGAUUGAUUCCGAGGCUGAGGAGAGUCGCUCUCGUAUUUUGGAGCAAGAAAAAGAAAUCUUGAGGUUACGAGAACGUGUUCGUGAGCUUGAAAAGCUUGAGGAAGAGCAACACGAAUGGCAUUCUACCAAAGGAAAAAUUAGAGAGUUAGAAAGUGAGCUUCAGAUUUCCAACACCAAAAAAGCCGAGCUUUUGGGUAAUAUUGAAAAACUAGAGAACGAUCUCGAAACCAGAGAGUUUAGUGGUGAUGUCAAUCAACUUAGAGUUGAAAUUGAGAAGAGAUCUAUUGAGUAUGAUAAAUUAUUAGGCCAACUACAAAUGCAUGACCGUAGAGCCAAUGAGGCUGGAGAAGCCGUUAAAAAAAUUGAAGAUUUAUUAGCUGAAGAGCGUAAAGAAAAGCACCUUGUAGAAGAAAGGUUUAAAAAAGCAUGUCAAACCAUUAAGGAUUUGGAAAUGAAAAUGACGGAAACUGACGGAUUUUCAAGACAUGAAUUUGAUUCAAUGAAAUCCGAAAAGGAAAAAAGGGAAAAGACCAUUCGCGUUUUGGAGAAUGAAAUCAAAAAGUUGAACACGAAGCAUGAGGAAGAGACUAGGUUGAUGACUACCAGUUUUCACUCAGUGGCUCAAAAAAAGGUUCAGUUGCAAAGAGACGGUUUGACUGAUAAACAUAGCAUGCUAACCAAGCAGAAUGCCGCAAAUGCUCAUAGUUACAGUUUUAUCAUUCCUUUGCUCCUCACACUCUCCAAUGUUGCAACACUCGUUGCCUUAGUCUUCCAAUGUACGCGUCAAAACUAUUUCUGUCACAGAGGAGCUCCGGAGACCACAUAA